UAGACUUAGUUCUGUGAGCUGCGAGUCUCUGCGUGUCUACCUGCGCCCAACUGCGUGUUUGACCCAAGAAACCUGUAAUUGGCACUAUAGUCCCGUUACAUUUAAACCCGAGGAAAGUACGCCACCCCCACCACACACACAUCCCACAGACAUGGCCGAAUGCCAUGAAGACAAUUCUAAAUGGUUGAACAAGGAGGGACACCAACAUAACAGUGAUGACAAAAGCUCAGUCAGAUCAAGUCAGGCCACCUCCUCCUCCUCCUCCUGCACUGGGGAUGGAAGAAGUUCACCAGGAGGCGAAGGCAAGCGGAGGGAGCAGGACACUGCGUCAUGUUGCCGGCUGGACGACCUGAAGAAGUGCCACAAGAAGCUGGGUCGACUGAACUUCAGAAGCACGCACACUGUCCUCGUAGAUGUGGACAUUUUCAACGCUUCAGGACAAGUUCUGCCCCAAGAAGGGAGAGACGUGUGGCAAAGUAACUUUGUGAAGAUGCCCUUUUCGCCCGGAAGUGUCAUAACCAUCAAGACCGGAUCGAGGAAGGUGCAAAGGUGGGAAAUGAUCUCCAAGAAACUGGAUGGUCUGGCCAGUAAGAAGAAACAGAGAGUUGAUGAUGUGGUGGAAGUUAUCAUCAAAUGCAACCCACAAUAUAAAGAUCAGUGGACGUUUGAUGCCCUCUUCUCCUUAGUCAAGUGUAUCCCGAAAGAAGAAAACUACUUCGACACACUGUUUCCAAAGAUCGCGGCGUUGGCUCUGAGCCUCCCCCAGCAUGUGAAGAAGGCCAUCCCGCUGCUUCAGACGGGGAAAUGCCACGCCAUCACUCUGUCACAAGUCCAGAUAUCCUGCCUGCUGGCUAACGCGUUUUUCUGCACCUUCCCACAUCGCAACUCGUCCAGACCCAACGCAGAGUACCAAAACUACCCCACCAUUAACUUCAACAGUCUGUUUGGAAACUGGUCGGAUCGGAAGAAGGAAAAGCUGAGGGCCAUCAUGCAUUAUUUCAAUGUGGUAACAGAUGAGAAAACUAAACCAGAAGGACUGGUGACGUUUGAGAGGCGUUGCUUGAGAGACUCAGAGUUGCCGAGCUGGAGAAGGUGUGAUGAGAAGCUGUCCAAGCUGUAUGUGACAUCAAAAGGCAACAUUGAGGCCAACUGUGCAGGGAUGUUACAGGUGGAUUUUGCUUCCCGUUGGAUUGGCGGAGGUGUGCUAGGCUCCGGACUGGUGCAGGAAGAGAUCUUGUUCCUAAUGAAUCCAGAGCUGAUAGUUUCCCGCCUCUUCACUGAGCGACUGGCGGACAAUGAGUGUCUGAUUGUGACAGGCUCUCAGCAGUUCAGCCAAUACUCUGGUUUUGGAGACAGCUUUCAGUGGGCGGGGCCUAAUGAUGACAAACUGAAACGGGAUGAGUGGGGCCGGCUGCAGAGGCAGAUCUUAGCCAUUGAUGCUCUGCAAUUCAAAAACCCAAGGGAGCAGUACCAUAUGACCAAGGUCACACGAGAACUGAACAAGGCAUUCUGUGGAUUUAAAGGACAUGGGGAUGAUGAGCCAGACAUCGCCACGGGCAAGUGGGGCUGUGGAGUCUUCAAUGGAGACCCUCAACUCAAAGCUGUGAUCCAGCUGAUGGCUGCAGCAAAGGCCAAGACAGGACUGGCCUUCUUCACCUUUGGCGAUGAAGAACUGGCAAACGGCCUGAAGCAGAUCUAUCACCUGAUGGUCACAGAAGGGAUUACAGUUGAGAAACUGUACGGACUUCUGGGGGACUACUGUGCUGUUCAGCAGGCCACCAGCCACUCGCAUGUGGAUCUGUUCAAGUUCAUCAGAGACAACAUCAGCUGUUCCAGAAGUCUGCUGUGAAGUCAGAUUCAUGUCCACGUCUGCAUCUGAUUUGCACGAAAAUAUAGCGGCAAUGUUUUUGUUGCAGAAAUUAGCAAGCUUCGAAAUCAUAUCUUAUGUUAUACAGCAGUUAUGAUUAUUUCACAUAGAGAAAGAGAAGUUCACCAAAACGACAAACCCACGUGAUCGCCACAGGACGCAAAUGUUUUAUUCAACUCCUCGCUGGCUGAUUGGAAGUGAACAGUUGUUGAAUGCUCGCCACUCGAACAUUUGUGUAUGUGUAAAAAUAAGACGUCGAGGGGGCCAAUUCAAUUUUUAGAUUUUGUUUUGAAUUCUUAAAAAUUGAGAAGGCAAUAGCAAUAGAGUGUAAACUAAUGAAUUAUUAUUAAUGUACUAAACUUAUUGAAAAUUACAAUAUGUUCACUGAAGGAGGCUGAGAGCCGUAGUCACUUAAAGGGACUCUUACCUUUGUUGCAUUUGAGAAUUACAGCACAUUCGAAUCAUCCCGCCUUCCUCCAAUGCCCCACCCCCUCGUUCCCAUCCGCGGUGUUUUUUCUUUUGUUUUUCCCCCUGGGAGCGGCUGUUUCAGUACGCCGUGGACCACUUUGGUCUGCCAUCGUCAGUCGCUACGGUCGAUACGGUCGCUACUCGCUACUGUCUGCCGUGGAAUCAAAACAAACCCUAUAGUUGAGGACGCGCCUUGAUGACGCGGGCCCGAAUGCGCGACAAGAAUCAGACGGGCUUCCUGUCUGUUUCCAUGCAGCAAACAGACAGGUCUGUCGGCCAAUAAGGUCCUUCGGUCCGAAGAAUUUUAUUGGUUGAAGUUUUCACUAAAUAUUACGAGAGUGAAAUAAUUGUUUGCUUUAACUCCUGGUGGGUCUGUCUUGCAUUUUAGAGUGUCAUUACCUUAUUAAUACCAAUUUAACCUUAUCCACAAAAAGUGUAAAAAUGCAACAAAGGUAAGAGUCCCUUUAACAUGUUAAAGGGAUAGUUUACAGAAAAAAUGUAAAUGCCCUCGUCUACUCAGCACUACGCCGAUGGAGGGGUGGGUGAAGUGUUUGAGUCCACAAAACACGUCUGGAGUUUCAGGGGUAAACAGUGUUGCAGCCAAAUGCAGUACAAUUGAAGUAACCGGAGACCAGACGUAAUAAAACAGCGAGAAGUAAUGAUUUACAAUGUGUACUCCAGCAGGUAAUUCACCAUCUCAACCUGUUGGUGUUUUCGAGAAAAUGGAUAAAGAACUAACUCUUAAAGUCAUAAUCUCACAACAGUGAGUGGAUUGAUGAGAAGAUUUCACCAGAAAUGCUUUGUAGGGUUUUAUCUCCCCAAACCAGACCCCUCAAGUUUCAAGUUUCAAGGUUCAAGUUUAUUUUUGAUUCCGGCCAUACCUGUAAAACAUACAGUGGAUUAAAACAGUUAAAAGACUAUGCAAGAAAGCAGCAGUUUUAAAAGACAAGUGCAAUUAAGUGCUUGAAUUAAAAUGAUUUAAAAAAACAGUUUUAAGUAGUAUUAAGUGCACAAUAAUCACUGUUUGAAUAUGUAUAGUAAAAGGAGAUUUCAUGGCAAAUGUUGAGUUAUCCAGUAGAAUCACUUUAAAUUAACCACAUUAAUGUCUAUAGAUUUAUUCAUUAUAUUUAUAAUUCGUUGCUUGACACAAUACACGGAUAAACUACUUUUGUGACAAAUCAGUGAAAAGGAGACCAGCGGCCGUAAGCACAGGACAUCUCCCCUUACCAGUGCCCCUGAACGCAACCUCAAUAAUCCCAGCCGUAAUGAAGAAAACAGAAGAUACUGAUUUGAUCUUGUUUGGGACAAAAGCAAAAAUCAGGACAAGUUGCAGAAGGAUAUUAUUUAUUUUGUAAUAAUUGUGACUAAAAUAUGGAAUUUCGAAUUAUUCUCAAAUUGUAUUAGAUUUCUGGGACUAUCAUCUUAUGACCUCCUUGGAGCUUGUGACCCCUAGUUUAGGAAUCACUGGUCUGGAUUGUUGUGAUAGAACAAUAACAUUAUUCUCCUCUAAGUAAACUGAUACCAAAGCGUUGUCUGGUUUGUUUCAAGUGGAUGUUGUGGUUGUAAAUUACACUGCAGUGCUGAUUUACACUGACUGAACCCUGCUCUGUUGCAUUCAUAAUAAGUCUUGUUAAAUCAAGCACAAAAAAAAUCUUUAUUUGUUAAAAACAAUCAAACGUACAUUUUAUGAAAAUAAAUACAUCCUUCCAUUCUGAGGAGCUGAGGAUUCUCAAGUCUCAAUUCUCGCAAGUAUUCGGUUACAUUUGGCAGAGACAGGUGUUUACAUUUAUGUGGAGGGACGGUCAGGAAACUGGAAAUAGGAAAUGGGAAGAAUUGAAGCAUAAAAUAAAAAUUGGGAAAAGAGGUGAAUUAAUAAGAAGUCAAACAGUGGUGCCUCCUUCCUGAGAUCACACAGGAGACACUGCUCAAGUUGUCACAUUUUUAGGAUUAAUAUGCAGACACACGUUCCCUACAAAUGGCUCCCGGUUUCAGUUCAAUAUUCAGCCGUCUCGGCUCAUCGUCUAUAUUUUGUUUUCUUCUUUCACCAGAGAGCAGGGUUGCAUGGCGGUCGUCAUCACACUGUUUAGAGACAUUCCAGUUAGAUGCUUGGGGAAAUAUAGCACACUUUAGAUCGAUGUUUAAUACCUAUGACACUGUAAACUGACAUUUUUACACUUGAACAGAUUAAACACAUGAGGUAUAA